AGAACCGUUAACCUCAGUAAAUCGUAACCUCAGCAAUUAGAAAGAUUAACCAAGUACAACACCAAAAGAGAAAAAAAAGAAAAAACCCCGCUCCCGUUAUACCCGAAUAGUAUAUACGUACGGAAGAAAAAAAGAAGAAAGGGAAUUAAUUAUGGCCACGAAGAAGGAUAUGAGACGGCCGGACCUAGUCGUCCCGUACCAGGAACCCGUACCCAAACCCGGCGACAACGCCGAGAUCUCGUCGACCCUGUCGUCGACCCUGCCCAUGGCCGCCAUCUUCACGCGGAACCGGUACGUCGGCUGGGCCUCGGUCGUCAUCAGCAUCCAGAACUGGCUCGGCGAGAGCGAGGAGGUCACCAGGAGCAACAACAGCACCCCCGGGUACUUCACCGUCGGCAUGUCAGUCAUGGCCCUCGCCGUAACUUACCUCCCCAUGUUCCUCCCCCCGCCUCCGAACCAAGCCACCGGCACCGGGCCCGCUGCCCCCGUCGCACCCGCCGCCGCUUAGAAAUGCCUAUCGAGCAAGCAUACACCCACACACACCCACACACACCCACACACUCCCACACGCAUACACAUACAAUCUUUGACGACGACCUAAAGCAGGCUAGCUGUCCUGUCCUGUCCUGUCCUAUCCUGUCUAUACCGCAGAAAGGAAUGACACCCAGCUACGAAUAAGAAGGAGAAAGCCGUAAUGACAUAAAGGCCUGGAAGAUGUAGCUAGCUACCGAGGCCAGGUGAACGAGACAGGGAAUGCAAAGGACCUAGUAAUAAUGUACCUACCUACCUUACCUACUUACUUUAGAACGAACGGAAUAUGUAACCGUGCCCAG